AUGAGCAGUGAUUCCUCUCGCGAGUCAUCUCCAGCUCGUCGUCGCCCUCCUUCCCCAGGAUCCGACUCUAAUCAAAGUGCAUCAUCUGGAGGUUCGUCGCAACCUCGCCACGAACCAUCGGCUUCUUCUGGAUUUCAACAAUAUGCAGGCACAUCGGCUUCCGCCUUCCAGUCAUCGGCGGGCACGUCUGCAUAUCAACCGCCGGCAGGCACGUCACUGUCUGCCUUUAAAUCAUCCCCGUAUACCUAUAGUGCGAAAUCUACUACGACAACACCCAUUCUCCGCCAACCUGUUGGUUUUGGCGGGACCGUACCGAAGGCUAGUUCAACCUACAGUGCAUCUGCUACAGCCGCACCAGCGACCGAACACACACCCGAUCAGGGCACAGCGGCUACGUCUUCCUCGAAGUCGAAGUCGGAGAAGACGUCCAAGAGCAAAGACAAGGAGAAAGUAAAGUCCGCCUCUUCGGGAAAGGGCAAGGAGAAGGCAAAGCCUAGCUCUUCGCACAGAGGCAGGGAAAAGGAGAAGGAAACUGCUCGUCACCCGUCGGAUGGUCUACCUUCUGGUGCCCCGCCGGUGCGGAAGGGAGUCGUACCAUCAGCGAACAAGACUACCUUUCGCGUGCAUAACUACACCAACGAUCCCAGCGCUGCGAGGCCAAGUCCCGUACCUACUGACGGGCCGUAUAAAUCUGAUUAUCGCGCUGUACCAGCACCACACGGACGAGAAGCUGCGCAUCCGACCACUGCGAAUCCCGACCUUGAGCAGGAGCCUCGUCGUUCGUACUAUCGCCAUGAUUAUGAGAGACAACGGGACAAUGCGCCUGCUCGUCGUCGCGCCAAGGUCGCUGCUGCCGAAAAUGAUGCACCGGUACCGGUACCCACACCAGCACUCAUAGAGGUCACCUCUCCGACACCUAUAGUUCCACCAUCACCAACGUCUGUCCCGGCUGCAGCUCAUGGAUACGCAUACCCGCCGACGCCAGCAUCUGCAUACUCGCCAGCAACGCCAGUAACACAUUCGCAUGCACAGGUCUCAACGUCAAGUCAUAGACACAGACAUGCGUCACCAACAGGAUACGCCCGUGUAUCGACACCAGCACCCGCACAUGUACAGACUCCUUCACGAACAUACGCACGAACGCCAGGUCUCACUUCAGAACCAAUGCAAGCCUACGCAACGCCAUCAUCCAUGUCCUCACCAACGCCAGCAUACUCACAGCCACCAACACCCAUGGCUGAUCGCAGAUCAUUCGACCAUUCAAAACCGUUAGAAGACAGUUACAGGCCAUCUUCGCCUCCCUCUAAUAGAGCGUACAGUACACCCGAACGAUAUCAUGGCACUGACUCACAUGCUCACAGCUCUCAUUCACACUAUCCUUCAACUUCCCCGUCAAAGUCAUACGUCCCCCAUACUCCCGUACCCCCAUCGCUGCCUCCCUUAGCUAGCAUAACUUCACAGCAACCGAUCCGCUACCUCCGUGUGUUGACACUUCUCAUAGAAGAUAAUCGUAAUGGUCAAACCGAAAAUCAACUUGCGGAGCUGCGAGUGGAACUCAGAGAAUCACCCGACGGUUGUUACUUGGCUGACGCCAAAGACAUAUGUGACGCACUUCAAAGUAGUCCUUCCAGGAUCGAUGGUAGCGCGAAGGUGUUUACGAUGCGCGGGAAGUAUCGCCAUUAUUUCCUUAGGCUCACGUCGGAGGGAGAAAUGGAAUGUAGCCCUGUGAAUUUGACAGUGACUAUGGACAGGACAAUCGAGAUAUUCAUUGAAGAUAACCCUAUGCCGGGGGCGAGCAGCCAUCUGCGUUUGCCUUCGCUAGUAGAGCGCGAUAUGUUGACUCCAAUCACCGACCCCAUGAAGACUCCUUCGCCAGCAGCUAACUCUCAACUAAUGGCACCCCUCCGGGUGGAUAUGGUCGCUGAGCGCGAAUACUCCGAUCAGCGGCAUCGCAAGCAUCGCAAGAGGCAUAGGUCAUCAAGUUCGCGUUCAAUUGAUUAUCCCGCGCUGCACUAUCCAUCUCACGAACCUCCACCUCGAUCCCUUGAAUCUACCCCCUUUUCUCAUGCAUCCUCUCCUCCUAUAUCUUCCUCCUACUCUUACAUGUCUUCUCCUCAGCCUUCACCUACCUCGCAGACGUCGUCUCUUCCACAAGCAGCAUAUCUUGCACCUACGUCUCCGCAUUCGGCGCAAGCUGGGAUGCGACACAAGUCUCCGACCGCGUUCGGCACUACGCCCACUCAACAAGAUCACUUAGGCCAUCAGUACGACGAGUCUUAUCAGCGCCGCCCAUCAUCUCCGAAGAGGCCUAGGAUCGACCACGCUCACCUCGGAGUUUCCAACGAUGCACGGUAUGCAUGGGACGACUCGCGCACGCGAUCAACAUUGAGCAGCUCACUGGCACCGCCUACCUCUAUGAUACCAGUAAAUCCUCGAUCAGAUUCCACCAGCAUGCUCACCCCGCAGUCUGAGGGAAAUCGGACUCCUUCGUCUCAUGGAAGAAUCCCUACAUCUCACGAGCGGACUCCUUCAACUCACGAAUGGACUCGCACAUAUUAUGACAGGUCUUAUUCAUCUCACGAGAGAAGCAACGCACCGAUCCCAUCCGAACUCGUCGCAGAAUCAACAACGGCAAUGGUUGACUCCGUCGGCGCGUACCUUCGCUCGAUAGUCAGCCAAGAACCGCAAUGGCAAACAUUUGUUGAUAUGAGAAAUAGAAUAUGUCGCAUGUCAGAGUUGCUGGAGCAAUAUCGAUACAUGAAGCGCAUGUUCGACCGCUUCGUCUCUCAGUAUACUCCGUCCGACUUGAAGGAUGCUCCAAGUGUGCAAAUCACGCGGGCUCAAGUCUUGAAGGCGUACAACCUUCCCACGAGUUGGGGUGAUAAUUGCAUGGAGGUGCUCUCUUUGGUCGCUUUGUACGGGCCCAACGGCAAGCGGUACGAAGAUCGCCGAGUCGUGGAUAUGUUUGACGAAGUUCCACCGGUAACCACUAAACUGCAGCUAGAGAAAUUCUUGGCGCUCCUAAGGGAAUGUCACAGUCGAUGGACUAUAGAUCAUCCUGAAUUCUAA